AUGCAGAACCAUGUCGGAGGAGGACGCCGGCUUGAAAGAGGAAUCACCAUCCAGAGAAGUGGAGACGCCGGUGGAUCCAGGAAUAGUGGCAGUUGCAUCAGAUUCGAGUCGAGCAGCCUCCAUGGAUCGUCGAAGUUCAUCAAUGGAACCGGCCGGAAAUUUGGAGAAUCAAUUAGUUCUACUUUCAGUAUUCUAUCAAGGAAACCCCUUAAGCUUCCGGGUACCCAUGACCAUAUUCAUAAAGUCGUCUUUCGAAUACUAAAAAACGUUUGCGGACUAGUUAGUCAUUUGGCACUUCAUUUCCCGGAAGGAUGGGACAAAGAGAAACCGGAUAAUGAGACGAUUCUCACGUUGACAAAAUUAUUCAAUCGUAUCGCCAAACCGUUCGCCAGUAAUUGGAGUGGCUCCUACAACACGGAUGUCCUCGGAGAUUGGGGACAGAGACAAUGUUCUCAGAAAGUUGCAAUGGAGAUAACGACGUACGCAUACGAGUGUGCAGUUCCACGUCCAGCUGAUCUCAAUACGUAUUACAAGAGUUUCACUUCUGAGACGUACGGAGAAACGAAUCUGGAACAGAUGGCCAGUAUAAUCGACGAAUUGGGCAUCGGAAGCCACGACGUCUUUGUCGAUUUGGGCUCUGGAAUAGGGCAACUCGUGUGUUUUACGGCUGCAUAUGCGAAAUGCCGUAAAUCUGUUGGAAUCGAAUUGUCACAGAUUCCAGCGAACUAUGCGAAAAAUCUGGGUGGUCAUUUCAAGCAACUGAUGGCGCAUUUCGGAAAGAGUCACGGCCGAUUCGAACAUCAUCAAGGCGACUUUUUGAAUCCGAAAUUCAAAAAGUUGAUUAUCGAAGAGGCUACAGUAAUCUUCAUCAACAACUUUGCUUUCGCUCCGGAUUUAAUGUUUAGAAUUACGAAUGAAUUGCUUCAAGACUUGAAGCAUGGAACACGAAUUGUCACCACAAAACCAUUUGGAGCUCACAAAAAGGAUAUCACGUAUCGAUCGACUGGAGACAUCAACUCGAUAUCUGACACUCGUGAGCUCACAUCGCUGGAGUGUGGAGUCUCGUGGACUGCGAAACAAGUCAAAUUCUGGUUGACAACGAUGGACCACACAAAACUCAUUCGAUACUACGAAGCGGAGCGUCAAAAGAAGUUGGAGCCGAAGAGUCGCGAAGGAUCAGAUGAGGUUAAUGAGCGUGAAAAAAAGACAAAAAAGCGAAAGAACGGAAAGGAAUCAGAUGGAGAGUGUAGUAGUAGCAAUACUUCUCAAAACGGAAAGAAAAAAGAUAAAAAGAAGAAGGUGGCUGCUGCUGGAACUGCUGUGUUCACAGCGUCUACCGGCGCUUUAUUUCCUUCAAAAUAUUACAAAUAG